UGUUUUUUUCUUUCAGUAAACCAUGCUGCAAGUACAUCUAAAAAUUUUAAUUACCCUAAAAAGCACACUUUUAAAAUGAAUGUUUGCAUCUAGAAAUACGUAAAGUUAGUUAGAAGUUUAGUGUUAAUUAUCCAUAAAUAAAUGCCUAGCUUAACGCUUAGAAACCUGUAAGUGACUAACAUAACAGUUAUCCUAAGUCGAUCAUAAACUUUGUGGUCACACCCUUAUUAUUGUCAAUUGGAAAUAAUAAAUCUCAAGUAUCAGCCUCUGCUUCAUAAAUAAGAGUGUCUAUCACUCAGUGCAGACAUACAGACAGUCCUUGUUUCCCGUUGAAACAUAUCACUUUAAGAAUUAUGUCCUCUAAACAUGUGUGCCUUGUCCCGAAUGAAUGGGGAACGUACUAUGCCUCAGAUACUUUGGAAGUUAUACUCAAGAAAGAAAUAUCAUGCAACCAAAUAACCAAGAAAGUUGAAGGCAUUGGCAUCAACGUAGAAGGUGUGACAGCUCAUCUUCGGUACCAUAAAGAACAACCCUGGAUGCGUAAGGAUCAGGACAAGAGAACCUGGCCAAAUCACAGAGAGUAUUUUGGAGUGUACCUGUCUUGCAAUGAUUGCCGCGAACCGUAUGAAUAUCUUAAAAUAUGUAUACCGAUCAUGGACAUCUCUCACAGACUUAUAUAUCUAUUGCCUCGUGAGUGGUUAGCAAUCUCGUGGAACGAAUUAAGUUAUGUACUCUUUAAUGAAAUAUCAAGUGAAUAUCGUAAAUAUAAAACAAUUAAUGGCAUGCAAAUUAAUAUUGAAGGCGUAAAAGCAUAUCUCCUACAUAACAAUGAAGAGUUCUGGUUGCGCAAAUGUCAGGAUCCACGAGAUAAGCCAGAUCCCAAAGAAUAUUAUUCUGUUUUCAUGCCAUGUAUUUAUUGCACCGAUCCGUAAGUCAAAUUUGCUAUUCUAUGAUUAAUGUAACCAAGCUGAUGCUUACCUUCUUUUUACAGGAAACCGUUUCCUCGUGCUUUUGAGUACACACACGCUUUGUACAUCCCUACCUUUCAUCAUAAUAUAUUUGGCAGGUGAAAUACUGAGCUCAUAAUUGACAUUUUCUGAGAUCAAUGAUCAGAUCAGAAGCCCUUUUGCGUGGAGGGUUGAACCUACAGCCACUACAAGUCCAAACCCAUAAAUCCACAGCAUUCGGUCCCUUAUCUUGGAAUUAGAAAGGAUUCACUCAUAACCAUAAAACCAAUUCUAUGUACAGGUCGACAUACCACUAGGCUGAAAGGGAAUGCCGUUUCUUCCCCUGCCUUUUUUGAGAAGACACCCAGAGAUUUAAUAGAUAUAAUAUAUAGUGAUCACCAUUUUCCUGCUCAUACAUGCCUGCGAACACCUAGACUUAGACCCAAUUUUCAAUGACAGA